AUGUUAUGCGCUCGGUUUAAAAUCGUCCUCUGCCUUAUACAGCUGCUGGCAAUGAAAGUGUCUCACAGCGUGCUCGGGCUGGAGAGUGUACACAUACAGGUACCGGUGGCGGUACUGGUCGGCACGAGUGCAACGCUUAUCUGCGAGUGCGAUCUGCCGGACGAGGACCUCUACUCGGUCAAGUGGUACAAAGGCAAGCACGAGUUUUUUCGCUACACCUCCAAAGAGAUACCGUCGAUUAAAAUCUUCCCAAAGGCGGGCAUCAGUGUAAAUGUGAAUCUUUCGAAUGCGAGCCAUCUGGUGCUGGUGAACGUGGAGCCGCAGAGCAGUGGCAAGUACAGCUGCGAGAUAACGGAGGCGGCACCAUCCUUCCACACGAAGAUAGCCACGCGCUCGAUGAACGUGGUCGAUCUGCCGACCGGUGAGCCUCUGAUCGUAGACAUGAAGUCGUACUACGGUGCGGAGGAAUUCCUGGAGGUUGAAUGCCGUGCCGGACCGUCCCUGCCGGCACCGAAGCUGGAAUGGUACGUGAACGAUCUGCCGCUCCGGCAACCGCUGCAGCUACCCUCACGGUUGGAGUAUGCGACCCAACCCUGGGCCCUGUCCGGUACCGCCAGCAUCGCCAGCAGUAGCAAACCUAGCAACCGUAGCAGUAGGAAAAAACAAUCAGCCAAGUCUUCCUUGCCACAGCACGCACCGACCGGUCCGACGAUCUCCGAGCUGGAGUCGCACGAAAACGAUCUGGAGGAGGGCACGGUGCGCACUGGCGCGGGUCCGGGCACGUCCCCCAUCAACCGGCCACCGCCAGCGGCCGUUAGCACCACCCAGGAACCGACGGCCAACAGCAGUACAUCCGGUGAGCACCGGAAAGGCGCCGCCAACAGUCGGUACGAGCUCUCCGUGUCCCGGUUGAAGUUGCUGCUCGAGCACGGACACUUCCGCAACGGCAAGCUCAAGGUGGAGUGUGCUGCCCAUAUCUUCGACCUGUACCGGCAGUCGACGGUGGCGAUGGCGGACGAGAACUAUCCCCAGGUGCGCGUGCUUUCCAACAGCGAUAAUGGUGUACACUUUUCCUUCAUGAGCGACAAGGACGAAGCAUCAUCUUCGGCUUCCUCACGUACGCUGGUGGCGUUUCAACCAGGGACAUUGGUGCGAUUAGUCGGCGCUGCCGGUGAAUGGCUGUUUGGCACGCUACCACUCAACACGAAGACGGUGCACGGUGACUCGAUAGCGGUUGUGGACACUGGACAGCGGCACGGAUUGGACCCGAUCGGUCGCAUCGUCUCGUACGCACUGCUGAUGGGCGUUGGCUGGUUCAGCACACUGUGGUUCUUUUAG